AUGGAUUGCGAUUCUACAGUUUUAGAUAGUAUUGAGGCCGUGCGUGCCUAUAUCGAGAAUUGCUUCGCAAAUAGCUCCCAAAGAGAAAAAUUCCGGAAAGUUCUAGAAGAGUUUGUUGAAAUAGGAAAUUCAAAUUCUGCCUGGUUGAACUCAUUCCUCGUUGGAUUAACCUUUGUCUACAUUCUUAUGAUAUGUAUCGGCUUUACGGGAAAUAUUCUUGUUAUAAUUGUCGUCAUAUGCAAUCGCAUUAUGCGUGCUAGUCCAAGGAAUCUUUUCAUUUUCAAUCUGGCAGUUUCAGAUUUGAUCCUCUGUAUUGUCACACAACCUCUCAAUAUCUAUCGAAUCCUUUCAACUCGGCAUGGAUGGCAAUUGGGACUCCCGAUGUGCAAACUCUUCUCAAUGGUGCAGGCUAUGAAUGUGUACGUUUCCUCGAUGAGUAUUACCGCCAUCGCCUUAGACAGAUUUCGAUUGAUAAUGAAUCCAUCUCGUCAGGAUAUCAACGUUAAAACAGUCUACGUGAUAAUACUUUUCCUUUGGAUCCUGGGUUUCAUCCUUUCCACACCAAUUGGGGUAUUUGCAAAGGUUACUAUGGCUAAUGGUCAUUUGAUCUGCUCUGAAACUACGACUGACUACAACAUGCGAAUCACUAAAUUGGUCUAUUCUAUUCUAAGCAUGAUCUUGCUUUAUGGAACUCCGGUGACUCUUGUCAGUAUUGCCUAUGCCCAGAUUUGUAUUCGAGUGCAUAGGAGAACAAAGAACAAGGCGCCUCGACAAACAACCCCAAUAAUUCAACCCAUAGAUGAAAAACCCCUUCAUGUUCAACGCGAAAACACUGAGUAUUCCGGUGGUCAAGAUAGUUCUCCUAAUCGACCUUUGCCCAACUCUCGUAUUUCCGACGUGGGUCCACUCUGCUCUUAUUUCACCCCAAAAAACUGCCCCGAUGAACCCGCAAACGCCAACUUGGCUGGAAGACGGAAAGAGAGAAUGAAACGACGUAUUGACAGGCAUAGACGAACCAGUAUUCUCCUUGCCAGUGUGGCUAUAUUUUUCGCCAUCUCCUGGCUGCCAAUGAACAUUGUCAAUCUUCUACUUGAUUUACGGGAACUGACAUUUCAAGUCCUAACUGGCGAUUAUCCCCAAGAUCAAGAAGAAAAGGCCAAUAUUCUUCUUCCGCUUGUUACAACUCCUGUGGAGGAAACCUCCUCCCCGGUACUUCCUCAAACCUUCCAUCCUCUAGGACGAGUUGAAAACUCACUAAGUCUGAAGCGGGAAACAAUUCUUGUCAUUCAAGCAAUAUGUCUACUUUGCGUCCUCAUUUCCGCAUGUAUCAACCCCAUGCUCUACGGUUGGUUAAACGAAAAUUUUAGACGUCGAUUUAUACAACUUCUCCGGUGUAACAAAAAUGCCAAGUUUGCAUCGGGUGGUACGGCACAGAGAAGUAAGCCCUGGCAAGUUUGCAAGAAGCGAAGCCCCUAUGCUCUUUGGCCUAAGGCCUGCCGUCGAAAGGCUAAGCGUCACUCCACCCAUUCGGAUCAACUCUCCGCCUCCACUUACCACCCAACAAGUCAAAAGACCAGUUUCUACGAUGCCCAGACAAAACGUAGCCACUCUCUUGAUGGUAUUGCCCGAAAGUCUUCCUUGACGACCAACUUUGACGACACAAUACCUGUCCUCCUUCUUCCCACUGAAUCUAACCCACACUGUGGUAUCCUUCUUGAAACUGACAUCGACGCCAAAUAA